UGUUGGGUAGACAGAAAUGAAGUAUAUAUUGAGGAGGCUUCUAAGAGACACCCAGAAAUGGCUGGCUAGCAGGCUGUGUGCUGCAUCUCCUUCAGAAAUAGAGAAGAGAACCAUUUGGCUUGUCAGCUAAGCAUACAACAGUCACAAAAUUCAUUUCUCUUUCAUCUUUCAAUGGAUUCCAAAAGAAAACCCUCUCCUUUCAUCCCUCGAAUCUUCUUGACUUCACCUACGAGUAAUCGUUUCUUCCAAUCAUCUCCAUUGCUUAUAUGUAUAUAUAUGCAUGCAGCUGCAAUUCAACCUUUGAGAAUAGUCAAUAUUCGAAUUGGAAUUGCAUUGAAGCUCAAUAAUGGAGAAAAAGCAGGAAGAAAUUCGAUUGGAGAAGGAAAUUGUAAUUCCAAUUCUCAAAUCACAGCUUAUCAGGACCUUGACCGGCCGCAUUGGAGAUCCUUCUGUUCGAGCUGAGUUUCUAAAGCUAUGCAAGAGAGUUGAGUACACAAUUCGAGCUUGGUACCAUCUGCAGUUUGAAGAUAUGAUGUACCUUUAUUCCCUCUUUGACCCUGAUACUGGGGUUCAGAAGUUGGAGCAGCAAAACUUAACCCCUGACGAAAUUGAUAUACUUGAACAGAAUUUUCUAACAUGCCUUUUUCAGGUGAUGGAUAAGAGUCACUUCAAAAUAGCAACUGAUGAGGAAAUGGAUAUUGCACUUUCAGGGCAGUAUCUUUUAAAUCUUCCAAUAACAGUUGAUGAUUCUAAGCUUGACAAGGAACUUUUGACAAGCUACUUUGAUAAGCACCAUCAUGAAAGGCUUCCUGACUUUGCUGAUAAGUACAUUAUCUUUCGACGAGGGAUUGGAAUUGAUCGUACAACUGAUUACUUUAUCUUGGAGAAAGUGGACAUUCUCAUUGCACGUUUUUGGGCAUUUCUUUUAAGAGUGACACGGCUAGAAGAAAUUUUGGCCAAAAGGUCACAUGGACGACGCAAGAAAGUUCCAAGGAAGAAUAAUGAAAAUAACCCUGCGGUAGAUCAGGAAUUUGAACUUGAAAAACGAAUUCGUCUAGAAAAUAUGGAAAUAAGUAUUAGUAAUUUGCUGAGCAAGACUACAAUACAGGAGCCUGCCUUUGAAAGGAUAAUAGUAGUAUACAGGAAAGCAAGUACCAAAACAAAAAAGGAACGAGGAAUCUAUGUGAAGCAGUUCCAAGAAAUUCCAAUGGCUGAUAUGGAAAUAGUUCUUCCUGAAAAGAAGAAUCCUGGGUUAACUCCAGUGGACUGGGUUUGGUUCCUGGGUUCUGCUAUACUUGGGCUGGUUGCUGUAAUUAACUCACUUGGAGUGCCUAUGGCAGAUCUUUGGGUCCUUUUUGCCGUCAUUUCUACAGUGAUUGGUUACUUUGCUAAGAUAUACUUCACGUAUCAGCAGAGCUUGGCUACAUAUCAGUACCUAAUUACACAUUUCUUGUAUGACAAACAACUAGAUAGUGGAAGGGGUACGCUUCUUCACCUGUGUGACAAUGUCAUUCAACAGGAAGUCAAAGAAGUUAUCAUUGCAUACUUUAUAUUGAUGGUACAGGGAAAAGCCGCGAGGGAGGAUUUGGAUAAGCGUUGUGAACACCUAAUCAAAACAGAGUUUGGCAAGAGCUGUAAUUUUGAUGUGGAUGAUGCAGUCCAAAAAUUAGAGAAGCUGGGUAUCAUUGCACAGGAUCUCCUCGGACAGUAUAGUUGCGUUAAUAUAACACGCGCUAAUGAAAUUAUUGGCACCACAACUGAGGAGCGUGUCCUUGAUGUGAAACAGGGCAAUGCCAAGCCUUGAUGUUGCCUGCGGAAGCUGACAUUUCCUGGGUUGCCAAGUUUUACUUGACUGCUUUCUGUGCUGUUUUAUACUUCUGUUCUCUCUGCUAAAAUAUGUAAAUCUUUAACUCAUGUGGCUUUGCUGUGUCCCAAGAAAUAGGAUGGAACUUUGUGAUGUAAUCUAGUUUUGAAAAAAUAAAAUAAAAAUUCUCGUAUCUAUUCUGUA